AGUGUUGAGUCCAUCUUAGCACAAUCCAGCGCUACUCUUCUGACGUCACAGAAGGUGCGGCAAGCUGAAUCAAAAUCAUUGCACGAUUUAGACUUGAGGCGUAAUCAGGAACCUGAUGGAGCAGAAGACCCUAGCCAAGCCAGCAGCCACAUGCAAAAUGAAAAAUCAAGAAGGACGCCACCUGUAGACCACCACGCUGAUAAAACAGAGAGUAAGCUGAAACUCUUGACUGAGAGCAUGAAGGAAAACAGCUAUAGCUAUUCAGUGCCAAAGGGAGCCAAAGAAAAAGAGGGAAUGACGCAUGGAGCAACGGCUACAGCCAAGCCAGGAUUAGACGAUAAGAGAGCAAUUGAUCUGACACACGGAGCUUCAACGCGAACAAGCCUUGACCACACAAUUACAAUGGUAGUGAACACUUGCCGUGAACUGUGGCAGCAGUUGGAGGAGGAACGCCUUACAAGGGAGCGCUUAACACAACAGCUACAACAGCAAGGGAAUGUCAUUACAACGCUGACAACUGAAUUGCUUCAGAUACAAGAGCAACAAGAGUCAAUUCUUCGUGAGGUCAGUGACGCUCGAGCCUCGGGUCUCUGGGGUUUUGAGGGCGACCUCAGUGGGGGGAGCAGUGGCAGUACUGAAGGCGAUGAUAUUGGCAGCAGUCAUUCUCUCAGUGGGAAGGUGGUGGGAGGCCGCCCUAGUUCGCAGACCGUCAGCAGCCGACACCCGCAGAGAUCCAUUCUGAGAGCCACCAGAACCAUCCACACACCUCACCUACGCCAGCAGUCUCCCAUGUACUCCACCAUGCAACAUUCCUCAAGAAGUCAUCAGUCUAGUCCCCUCAUGGGUCUGUCCCACCAAGCCCCACACUCCCCGCGACCCCACCAAGCCUCUCCUCGACCCCACCGUUCCCCGUCGCCGCAGUCAACCCUCUCCAUUGACCGCUCAGAGUCAUGGAGUCACAUCGGAUACAGAAGUUCAGUGUCAAGGCAGAUCAGGGAUGCGCUCACCAACAGCCAAAACAUAACUCCCAAGUCUGAGAUUAGCAAAUCCCACAUGAGCUUCAGCAAAGUGUCUGAUGAUGGUACUCUGAGCAGCAAGCAGUUAGAAAAGGAGAAGAAACACACAGGAGAGAGGCAGUCAAUUCCAGUCUCCAAUAAAGAGAAUGAUGCCCAGUCAGCUCUAGAAGCAAAUGCUAUGGAUUCCACCAUAUCCGACUUAGCAGAAAAGAAGUAAGAAGGAUCUUGCAAAAUCUUCAGCUUGAAUUUUUGCUUGCAAUACAUCAUGUUGAUUUAAAAUGUUCAUACCUAUUUAUGUGAGAUUGAUUAUAUCAACAAAAAGCACUCACAGGACCACAUGCACAUUUACACAAGCACACACUCAUGUUCUCUCUAUAUUUAUC